AAAGAAGCAUACGUAUUAUUUAACAUGAGAUUAGUUAUUCGUGAUGAUAAUGAAGAAGUAACACUUUAUGUUGCCAACUAUGUCAAGGAACGCAUCAAGCAAUUUAAUCCAACUGCUGAUCGUCCAUUUGUCCUUGGUCUUCCUACAGGCUCCUCACCUAUGGGUGUCUAUAAGAAUCUUGUUGAAAUGUAUAAACGAAAGGAAAUUAGUUUUGAACAUGUCGUGACCUUUAAUAUGGAUGAAUACGUGGGCUUACCUCGUGAUCACCCUGAAUCCUAUCAUUCAUUUAUGUGGAAACAUCUCUUUAUGCACGUGAACAUCAAACCAGAAAAUGUUCAUAUCUUGGAUGGUAAUGCUCCUGAUCUUGAUGAGGAAUGUAAAAAGUUUGAGGCUGAUAUUGCUCGUGUGGGCGGUAUUGAAUUAUUCUUGGGUGGUAUUGGUCCUGAUGGUCAUAUUGCCUUUAAUGAACCUGGUUCUUCAUUGACUUCUCGUACUCGCGUAAAGACAUUAGCUUAUGAAACGAUCAUAGCUAAUGCUCGUUUCUUUGAUGGUGAUGUUUCAAAGGUUCCUAAACUUGCCUUAACUGUUGGUGUUGCUACUGUUAUGGAUGCUCGCGAAGUACUUGUUAUUAUUACUGGUGCACAUAAGGCUAUUGCAUUAGCUAAUUGUAUUGAAGGUGGUGUUAAUCAUAUGUGGACAGUGUCAGCUAUUCAAAUGCAUCCUAAGGGUUUAAUCGUGUGUGAUGAAGAUGCAACCCUUGAGUUACAUGUUAAGACGGUUAAAUAUUUCAAGUCCAUUGAACAUGUUCAUCAAUCUUUAAUCGGUCCUGAAAAUUUAUCUCUUCAAGGUGGUGUGAAGCAAAUUAAAAAAUAUGUUAAUUCGAGAUCUCAUACACCUUUGAAUGGUCCUUAUGAUGAAUAAGUAGCCUUAGUUCCUUUUACCUCAUUAUUAUAUAUUAUUCCCCUUCUUCUACUCUUUGCUCUUUUUUUCUUUUUACUCUUCUUCUAUGUAUAUUCAU